AUGUACGGCACAUCGACCGGUCCCCAAACUGGGAUCAACACGCCUCGAUCCUCUCAGUCACUGCGUCCGCUCAUCCUCUCGCAUGGCUCCCUCGAGUUCUCUUUCCUAGUCCCCACUUCGCUUCAUUUUCAUGCCUCGCAGUUGAAAGAUAGUUUUACUGCGUCAUUACCGGAGCCCACAGAUGAAUUGGCCCAGGAUGACGAGCCGUCGUCAGUGGCCGAGCUGGUGGCCCGCUACAUCAACCAUGUGGUCCACGAGGUCGAGGAGGGCGAGGAUGACGCCCAGGGUAACUAUCUGGAGGUUCUGAAGCUGGUCCUGAACGAAUUUGAACGGGCGUUCAUGCGUGGGAACGACGUGCACGCUGUUGCGGCUGGCCUCCCCGGCAUCGUUGCUAAGAAGAACCUGGUCGUCGAGGCCUACUACGCUGGCCGAGACGCCGCAGGCCGGCCAACCAAGCCCUAUGACUCGGCUCUGUUUCGCGCCGCCGCCGAUGGAGCGGCAGGUAUCUACACCGUCUUCGGCGGCCAGGGCAACAUCGAGGAGUACUUCGACGAGCUGCGCGAUAUCUAUACCACCUACCCCUCCUUCGUUGAGGACCUCAUCACCUCCUCCGCCGAGCUGCUGCAAUCGCUGUCUCGGGAGCCCGAGGCCAGCAAGCUCUAUCCCAAGGGCCUGGAUAUUAUCCAAUGGCUGCAAGAUCGGGAUGCGCAGCCGGAUACUGACUACCUCGUGACUGCCCCCGUGAGUCUGCCAUUGAUCGGCCUGGUCCAACUGGCCCACUAUAUGGUGACCUGCAAGGUUCUGGGCCGCCAGCCGGGUGACAUCUUGGAACGGGUCCGCGGCACCACGGGUCACUCGCAGGGUGUGGUGACGGCCGCGGCGAUCGCGACCGCCACCAGCUGGGAGUCUUUUGCCAAGGCGGCCCGGGAUACCCUGACCAUGCUCUUCUGGAUUGGUCUGCGCAGCCAGCAGGCGUACCCGCGCACCUCUAUCGCCCCCUCCGUCCUGCAGGACUCGAUUGAGAACGGCGAAGGCACUCCCACUCCGAUGCUGUCGAUCCGCGAUCUCUCCCGAGCCGCAGUGCAGGAGCACAUCGAUGCAACCAAUCAGCAUUUGCCCCAGGAUCGGCACAUCUCCAUCUCUCUUGUGAACAGCGCACGGAACUUCGUGGUCACCGGUCCCCCGAUCUCGCUCUAUGGUCUUAACCUGCGCCUGCGCAAGGUCAAGGCGCCUACCGGUCUAGAUCAGAACCGUGUGCCCUUCACCCAGCGCAAGGUUCGCUUUGUCAACCGCUUCCUUCCCAUCACGGCCCCCUUCCACAGCCAGUAUCUGACGUCGGCAUAUGACCGGAUCCUGGAGGACUUGGAGGACAUCGAGAUGCCCGCCGAGUCUUUGGCCGUCUCCGUCUUUGACACUCAGAGCGGAGAGGAUCUGCGCAAGCUGGGUGAAAAGAGUGUGGUGCCAUCUCUGGUCCGGAUGAUCACUCAUGAUGCGGUCAACUGGGAGCAGGCCACGGUCUUUCCCAGCGCCACCCAUAUUGUCGAUUUUGGACCCGGCGGUAUCUCCGGUCUGGGCGUUCUCACCAACCGCAACAAAGACGGCACUGGGGUUCGAGUGAUUCUGGCCGGUGAAAUGGACGGUACCAACGCCGAAGUGGGCUACAAGCCAGAGCUUUUUGACCGUGACGAACACUCGGUCAAGUACGCCGCGGACUGGGUGAAAGAGCAUGGCCCGCGUCUAGUGCAGACUUCCACCGGUCAAACUUAUGUGGACACCAAGAUGAGUCGCUUGCUGGGCAUCCCCCCGGUCAUGGUGGCCGGGAUGACCCCUACCACUGUUCCGUGGGAUUUCGUGGCGGCCACCAUGAACGCCGGGUACCAUGUGGAGCUGGGCGGCGGCGGUUACUAUAAUGCGAAGACCAUGACGGAGGCUAUCACGAAUAUCGAGAAGGCAAUCCCGCCUGGCCGUGGCAUCACAGUCAAUCUUAUCUACGUCAACCCUCGUGCGAUGGCCUGGCAAAUUCCUCUCAUCGGCCGGUUACGCGCCGAUGGUGUGCCCAUUGAAGGUCUGACGAUUGGCGCCGGCGUGCCCUCCAUCGAAGUUGCCAACGAGUAUAUCGAGACCCUGGGCAUCAAACACAUUGCCUUCAAGCCUGGCUCCGUCGAUGCGAUUCAGCAGGUGAUUAACAUCGCCAAGGCUAACCCCAAGUUCCCCAUCAUCCUGCAAUGGACUGGCGGUCGUGGCGGUGGUCACCACUCCUUUGAGGACUUCCACCAGCCGGUGCUCCAGAUGUACAGCCGCAUCCGGAAGCACGACAAUAUCGUACUGGUUGCCGGCAGUGGUUUUGGUGGCUCGGAAGACACCUAUCCCUACCUGUCGGGUAUUUGGUCCGCCAAAUUUGGCUACCCGCCCAUGCCUUUUGAUGGUUGUUUGUUCGGCAGUCGCAUGAUGAUCGCUAAGGAAGCCCACACUUCUCGCAAUGCCAAGAAGGCGAUCGCUGAUGCCCCUGGUGUGGAUGAUGCUGAAUGGGAAAAAACGUACAAGGGUGCCACCGGUGGUGUGAUCACUGUUUUGUCCGAGAUGGGUGAGCCCAUCCAUAAACUGGCAACUCGAGGUGUCUUGUUCUGGCAGGAGAUGGAUCAGAAGAUCUUCAAGCUCGACAAGGCGAAGCGAGUUCCUGAGCUGAAGAAACAGCGCAACUACAUCAUCAAGAAGCUGAACGAUGACUUCCAGAAGGUGUGGUUUGGUCGCAACGCCGCGGGUGAGACUGUGGAUUUGGAAGAUAUGACCUACGCCGAGGUGGUCCACCGCAUGGUGGAACUCAUGUACGUUAAGCACGAGUCUCGGUGGAUCGAUGACUCGCUGAAGCGCCUGACGGGUGACUUCCUUCGCCGCGUCGAAGAGCGAUUCACCACCUCCAAUGGUCAAGCGUCCCUGCUCCAGAACUAUUCCGAGCUCGAUACGCCCUAUCCGGCCGCAGACAACAUCCUCGCCACGUAUCCCGAAGCUGCCACCCAGCUGAUCAAUGCGCAGGAUGUGCAGCACUUCCUGCUGCUCUGCCAAAGACGUGGACAGAAGCCCGUGCCCUUUGUUCCAGCGCUGGAUGAGAAUUUCGAGUACUUCUUCAAAAAAGACUCGCUGUGGCAGAGCGAAGACCUGGAAGCAGUUGUUGGUCAAGAUGUUGGCCGUACUUGUAUCUUGCAGGGCCCCAUGGCUGCCCGCUUCUCCAAUGUUAGUGAUGAGCCUGUCAAGGACAUCCUCGACGGUGUUCACCAGGGCCACAUCACUGGCCUGCUUCGCGAUAUCUAUGGCUCCGACAAAACCAAGAUCCCCGUGAUUGAAUAUUUCGGCGGUCAACUUGUUAGCACAGAGGACGAAGCGGAGCUAGACGGCCUCACCGUCUCGGCAGAGGCGAACAAGAUUAGCUUCCGGCUCUCUUCUUCCCCCUCUGCCGAUUUGCCCGACUUGGACCGCUGGCUCCGUCUUCUGGCUGGCAACAUCUACUCGUGGCGGCACGCUCUGUUCCUGGCUGAUGUUUUCGUUCAGGGCCACCGCUUCCAAACAAAUCCCAUGAAGCGGAUUGUGGCUCCCACUGGGGGCAUGUAUGUGGAAAUUGUGAACCCCAGUGAUCCUGCGAAAACUGUCAUCAGCGUGCGGGAGCCGUAUCAGUCUGGAAAGCUGGUGAAGACAGUUGAGGCCAAGGUGAACGAGAGCGGCCAGAUCAGCCUGACUCUGUUUGAAGGCCGCACUGCCGAAGGUGGCGUAGUCCCCUUGACUUUCUUGUUUACCUACCACCCCGAGACGGGCUACGCCCCGAUCCGUGAAGUCAUGGGUGAUCGCAAUGAUCGCAUCAAGGAGUUCUAUUACCGGAUCUGGUUCGGCAACAAGGAUGUGCCGUUUGACACACCCACCACUGCCACUUUCAGCGGUGGCCAGGAAACGAUUACUUCCCAGGCUGUCGCCGACUUCGUUCAUGCUGUUGGUAACACCGGCGAGGCCUUCGUUGACCGCCCUGGCAAGGAGGUCUUUGCGCCCAUGGAUUUCGCCAUCGUGGCUGGCUGGAAGGCGAUCACUAAGCCGAUUUUCCCCCGCACCAUUGACGGUGACUUGCUGAAGCUGGUACACUUGUCCAAUGGGUUCAAGAUGGUGCCGGGCGCGCAGCCGCUGAAGGUGGGUGAUGUUCUGGACACCACGGCUCAGAUCAACGCUGUCAUCAACCAAGAUUCCGGCAAAAUGGUCGAGGUGUGCGGUACCAUCAAGCGGGAUGGUAAGGCCAUCAUGCAUGUGACCAGCCAGUUCCUGUACCGGGGCGCCUACUCGGACUUCGAAAACACUUUCCAGCGCAAGGACGAGGUGCCCAUGCAAGUUCAUCUUGCCACCAGUCGGGACGUUGCCAUCCUUCGGUCCAAGGAGUGGUUCCGCGUGGAUGAGUCCGACAUCGAGCUUCUGGGUCAGACCCUCACGUUCCGCUUGGAGAGCCUGAUCCGUUUCAAAAACAAGAACGUCUUCAGCAACGUCCAGACCAUUGGCCAGGUUCUUCUGGAACUGCCUACGAAGGAAAUCAUCCAAGUCGCGUCUGUGGAAUACGAGGCAGGCGCUUCUCAUGGCAACCCGGUGAUCGACUAUCUCCAGCGCAACGGAACAUCUAUUGAGCAGCCCGUCUACUUUGAGAACCCGAUCCCGCUCAGUGGCAAGACUGCUCUGGAACUGCGUGCCCCGGCCUCCAAUGAGACCUAUGCUCGCGUCUCUGGCGAUUACAACCCCAUUCACGUGUCGCGAGUCUUCUCCAGCUACGCCAACCUCCCCGGCACCAUCACCCAUGGCAUGUACAGCAGCGCCGCGGUCCGCAGUUUUGUUGAGACCUGGGCGGCGGAGAACAACAUUGGUCGUGUUCGUGGCUUCCACGUCUCCCUGGUUGGAAUGGUGCUACCCAAUGACAUGAUCACCGUCAAGCUCCAACACGUUGGUAUGAUUGCCGGUCGUAAGAUCAUCAAGGUGGAGGUCAGCAAUAAAGAGACCGAGGACAAGGUUCUCCUAGGCGAGGCGGAAGUUGAGCAGCCUGUCACUUCCUACGUCUUCACCGGCCAAGGCUCUCAGGAACAAGGCAUGGGUAUGGAGCUCUAUGGCAGCAGCCUCGUAGCCAAGGAGGUAUGGGACCGGGCUGAUCGCCACUUCAUCGAGAACUACGGUCUGUCCAUCAUCGACAUUGUCAAGAACAACCCCAAGGAACUCACUGUCUACUUUGGCGGUCCCCGGGGUAAGGCCAUCCGCCAGAACUACAUGGCGAUGACCUUCGAGUCGGUGAACGCCGAUGGGUCUAUAAAAUCGGAGAAGAUCUUUAAGGGCAUUGAUGAAAGCACCGCCUCGUACACCUACCGGUCGCCGACAGGCCUGUUGUCUGCCACUCAAUUCACCCAGCCUGCGUUGACCUUGAUGGAGAAGGCCAGCUUCGAAGACAUGCGCUCCAAGGGUCUGGUGCAGCGCGACAGCAGCUUUGCCGGUCACUCACUCGGUGAAUACUCGGCCCUGGCGGCGUUGGCCGAUGUCAUGCCCAUUGAAAGCUUGGUGUCGGUGGUAUUCUACCGCGGUCUGACGAUGCAAGUCGCCGUGGAGCGUGACGAGCAGGGCCGCUCCAACUACUCCAUGUGUGCCGUCAACCCCAGCCGCAUUUCGAAGACAUUCAACGAGCAGGCGCUGCAAUAUGUUGUGGAGAACAUCUCAGAGCAGACUGGUUGGCUUCUGGAGAUUGUCAACUACAACGUCGCCAACAUGCAGUAUGUUGCGGCGGGUGAUCUCCGUGCCCUCGACUGCCUCACAAACCUGCUGAACUUCCUCAAGGCGCAGAACAUCGACAUUCCCGCUCUCAUGCAGAGCAUGUCUCUGGAGGAUGUCAAGGCUCAUCUGGUGAGCAUCAUCCAAGAAUGUGUUAAGCAGACCGAAGCCAAGCCUCGGCCCAUCUCGCUGGAGCGUGGAUUCGCCACCAUCCCGCUCAAGGGUAUCGACGUGCCCUUCCACAGCACCUUCUUGCGCUCCGGCGUGAAGCCCUUCCGGUCUUUCCUGCUCAAGAAAAUCAACAAGACCACGAUCGACCCCAGCAAGCUGGUCGGCAAGUACAUCCCCAACGUUACGGCGCGCCCCUUCGAGAUCAGCAAGGCGUACUUUGAGGAUGUCUACAAGCUCACCAACUCUCCUCGCAUCGCCUCCAUCCUGGCGAACUGGGACAAGUAUGAAGAUGGCACCGAGAGUGCUGCCCGAUCUGCCUAA